AUGAAUAAUGUGCGGGAAAUACAGAGAAUCAAUGAACGUGAAUUGGACUUAGCAGUGGAAGGAGCGGCUUCUUGGCAUGAUGAUUACAGAGAUUCGGCUUACAUCUUUGUCGGUAAUUUGGACAAACGUCUAACGGAAGGUGAUGUGAUUACAAUCUUUUCACAAUAUGGCGAAAUAAUGGAUAUCAACCUUCCUCGGAUUCCCGAAGGAGGCUUACGACAUCAACGUGGAAUGGAUGCAGAAGGAGAAGCAAGAUUGACAAACGAUCAAAAACAGCAACAACAAGGUGGUAAACCUGGAGAUAGAAGAGGGUUUGGGUUUAUACUUUUUGAAGAUCAAAGGAGUACAAUCUUAGCAGUGGAUAAUUUGAACGGAUUUCAACUUUUAAAUAGAACCUUACGAGUUGAUCACGUUCGUGAUUAUAAAAUGCCAAAACGAAGGAAUGAAGAUGGGGAAGUAGAAGAGCCAACUGGACCAAGCAGAAAUGCAGCACCUCAAAUACCACAACCAGAAGCUCGACAACAAGAGACAAAUGAUGAUGAUGAAGGUGACAUGGAUGACCCGAUGGCAGCAUAUAUUGCCCGAUCGAAGUCUGCUUCCUAUAAAGGUGAGGAUGAUGACAAGGAAGAGCGAAAGAGAAGGAAAGAGCAGAGAAGACUGAUUCGCGAGGAAAGAGAAAGAAGGCGAAAAGACCGGGAUUCGCGAGAUUAUAGACAUGAUCGAGAAGACGAGAGAUAUAGAAAGGAGAGGCAAAGCCACUCCCGAACUGACAAUGGCUCAAGUAGUCGCCGCGAAAGAGAGCUUUCACCAAAGCGCUCCCGCGAUGAUAGAGACCAUCACAGAGACUCAGAUCAUCGUUCCAGCAAUCGCGAACGAGAAAGAAGAUCAAACUCAAGACGGGAUUAG